UCCUUCACUGGUGUAGGUAUGUGGGAUGCUCUUGGUGGCCUCGGUGUAGGAGGUUCUGCAGGACCUUACGCUAUUUCGGCCGCCAAUGCAAUUCUUUAUACCCUUUUCUCAGUUGUCUGCAUCACCGCAGGUGUCGUCAAUAAUCGCAUCGGUCUCAACUACGGGCUUGCCAUCGGUUCGAUUGGAUAUCCACUCUACGGGGCGGGCCUAUACACAAACAAUUACAAGACAAAUACUUGGUUCCUGCUAUUCGGGGCUGCUGCGUGUGGUAUCUCUGCAGGUUUCUUCUACGCUGCCGAGGCUGCGAUCGUGAUUGGAUGUCCUAGUCAUAGCGAGCGUGCGUUUUACCUAACCACCUGGGCAACAGCCAAGGUGGUCGGGCCCAUCGUCGGCGGUGCUAUCAACCUUGGAUUGGACGUAAGUUUUCUGGACAACGCUAUACUCAACCACAAUUUUGUUAACUUGUCUGCAGUAUCCAGUCUCAGAAAUCAGUGA